CACAUGUGACAACACCAUGAAAAGUACAGGGAUAACUAUUCUUAGUCCAGGAAUGUAUACAGUUCCUUGUUGUGUUACCUCCUUAACCAACCUUCAGAGAUCCGUGACAAGUACCUUGACGCUAAACAAAUCCAGAAUAUCGCCCCUAAUGAAUCUUUCACCAGCGAAAGAACAAUCUCAGGAGAUUUAAUAGCUUUUUUUCUUUAAAAAACAUAGUCUCCUUAUUUAUGACUUAGCCAUGGAAAGUUUCAUCUGAGAAUAAACAAGCCAAAGGGACCGAAGGCAGGGAAAGAAUAAGUUCUGCAAUGGAAGAGAAAUCAUCACAAGAACUGACCUUCAGAGACCAAGAUUUCUGCUCUGAGCUGCUAAAGCAGCUAAAUAUUUUGCGGCAAGAUAGAAUCUUAACUGACGUUGUUCUAUGUACAAGUGACGUUGAAAUUCCUUGCCACAGGAAUGUUCUCGCUUCAAGUAGUCCGUACUUCAAGGCAAUGUUUUGUAAUAACUUUAGAGAAAGCCACCAGGAAAAAGUCAGCCUCCAAGGUAUUGACCCAGGUAUUCUCCAUUGUAUUAUCAUUUAUGUCUACACGGGGGAAAUUGUCAUGACAGCGGAGAAUAUUUUGCAUCUAAUGGAGACGGCAUCCAUGCUCCAGUACGUAAAACUAUUUGAGGCCUGUUCGGCCUACCUCCAGGACCAACUUACUCCAGACAACUGCCUCAGCCUGCUUAGGCUCUCAGAAAUCUUGCACUGUGAGACUCUGAACAAGAAAGCUAAAGAAAUAGCUCUGAAGUGUUUCCCUCAAGUAGCCAUUUCUGAAGAUCUGAAAGAUCUUUGCGCCUUGGAAUUGAUUGAUUAUCUUGGAGAUGAUGAGCUCUGUGGAGAGGAGGAACAGGUUUUUGAGGCUCUCAUGAUCUGGGUGCGGCAUGACCUCCAGGCCAGGCGAAACUAUAUCCAAGACUUAUUUAAGAAGGUAAGACUUCAGUAUGUCCACCCAACAUUUUUCUUCCACUUCAUUGCCAAUGACUCUCUACUCCAGUCAUCUCCGGCCUGCAGGAAUAUUCUCGAACUGGCAAAUAGGCAGAUGUUUUCUCUAUAUAGCGUCAGUGCUCCUGAUGUCAAACCAAUGUGGCAUGUUCCUCGACGAUACUCAUACCGGGAAUUCCUCCUCCUGAUUGGUGGCCGCAAAGACAACCGAGAGACAACAAGGGAAGUCUUGCUGUUUGAUGAGAAGACAAACCAAUGGUUGAACCUUGCCAAAUAUCCAACACGUCUCUACAAGGCCUCGGCAGUGAAUUUGCACAGUAACAUUUAUCUCCUUGGGGGCAUUCCCAUUGGCAAUGGAAAGAACCAAGUCAGUAACAAUGUGUAUAUCUUCUCACUAAAACUUAAUCAGUGGAGACGGGAAGAGCCCAUGUUAGUUGCACGCCAUUCCCACAGGAGUGUUGCCUAUAAAAACUAUAUCUUUGCCAUUGGAGGGAUUGGACAGAAUCAGGAAAUCUUAAAUUCUAUGGAAAGAUAUGACAGCAUCUACAGUGUCUGGGAGCAUGUGGCAAAUAUGCCAGUUGCUGUUCUUCAUCCUGCAGUAUCUGCCAAAGAUCAAAGAAUCUACCUCUUUGGAGGGGAAGACAUGAUGCAAAACCCUGUCCGAUUAAUUCAGGUAUACCAUGUGUCUAGGAACAUGUGGUUCCGAAUGGAGACAAGGAUGGUGAAGAAUGUCUGUGCACCAGCAGUUGUGAUUGGUGACCGAAUUUAUAUUGUUGGAGGGUACACCCGACGAGUGAUUGCUUAUGACACCAAGGCCAAUAAAUUUGUGAAGUGUGCAGACAUGAAGGAUAGGAGGAUGCAUCACGGAGCUGCAGUAAUCAAUGAAAAGCUAUAUUUGACAGGAGGUCGUUGCCUUACUUUUGAUAAUGCCAUCGAAGAUUCCGAUUCACUUGAAUGCUAUGACCCUAAAAUGGAUGCAUGGGUUUCAAAGGGGCAUCUACCAUACAAACUGUUUGAUCAUGGGUGCCUUGCUCUCCAGGGUGUUCCUUGUUCCAACCUAUUGUGAGGGAGGAAUUAAGGAGAAAAUGUGUCAUGUUUUCCCAAAGGGAAAGACCCAGAUUGAAAAUUGUGUGGAAAAUACCGGUAAAUUAUUGCCAAGGAAGGAGGCAAAAAGGACUGGAGUGUGGAAAUUGAGGUUUUGGUUUGUUUCUUGCUCUGAUUUCCAUGCCCCAUAGUAACAUGAGGAAAAGUGAGGUAUUUUGCCUCAAGUUGCAGAUUCAGGAUAUGAUUAAAGGACAACAUAGGAUCUAUCAUUUCAUUUUAUCAUGUUUAUUUUUAACAUGAAGGAUAUCAAUGGUUCUUUCUGCCUCAAAAACCAAAUGUAUGGUGCCCUCCACCCAACCUUCUGUGAACUUUCCUCACAAUCUGAAGGACCAUUUUGAGAAUCAGUAACACCGAGGAAGAUACAGACAGACCGUCCUAUACCCCAGCUCCACAGUUUUGCUCAUCAUGGAUCAUACUACACAGAAAUUAUACU